AUGGAAAACUGGUCGCGGCAGGAAACAAACGAACGAUCGAAGACGAAAAGAAAAUUCUCUGCGAACAAGACCUGGAUACUGUGGGCCGCAUCAAGUGGGCCGAUGGAGAUUCGGCCCAAGAAGUUGAACCCGCCCAUCUGGAUUCGUAUGCAGCUGACGGAGAGAAAUCUCACCCCCUUUCCUUCUUUUCUUUCAAUCGGCAACAGUGGCAGCCGGCAGAGAAGAGCAGAGCUUGGUAACUUCUUCCUUUGUUGCAGUUUGAUUCGAUUUGGAGCUCUUGAGCUUGCUGUUGUUACUCUGAUUCAAGAUGGCGAAUGCCACCAAAGGAUUGUUCAUUGCCUGCAUGUGAAGAACAACGAUAGAGCAAUCAUUAGGUUUCCAUGCCACAGUUUCUGUUCAGGUUUCCCUUUCAUUGCCACCAGUGACUGGUUUCUUGUGUCCUCUCGUCUUUGUUGUUUUGGCAUCUAUGUUCACAGUGACAUACCAAUGGCACAAUUCAUCGUCAACCUGAAUGCUUCAAAGCCCCCGUCGCAGAAGUUCAUCAUUCAUGUUCUGGACGACACGCAUCUGCUCGUGCAGCCCGAUUCUGGUGGUACGAUACGAGCUGCCAUUUCAGAAUUCAGAGACAAGAAUUCCUACGAGAAGCCCGCUUAA